AACCCGCCCUCGAGCCCUUUGCUCUUCUCCUUCACCCGCGUCCGCUCGAUACUACCAUACUGCUGCCAGCCCUCCAUCCGACACCUGCACAAAUAGAAAGUCGCUUCCACCCCACCACCCACCCCACACCACAAAAAAAAACUCUUCUGCUCGAGAGUUAUUGGCCAUGUCCGGCGGAUACAUAGGGCGCAGAGGCAUCAAUGUCUCUGUGUACCUGCAAGACCUCAACACUAUACCGUCCGCCGACGAGCCGGUCGACGCCUUUAAUCCCGAUGAUUUGGACAUCUGGACAAAUACGCAGUUCUUCGACUUCGACAUGGGCGCGGUCGCACACGAUCCGACGGACAACACUCGAGGACGAAAGCCGGUCGUCGAGGAAGCAUCUGUUGCCCCCAUUGACCCGACUCUGAAGGACGGUGGGGAGUUCGACAGCUUUCUGAAUGAAUUCAAGGAGUUUGAGAAUUUCGAUUAUUCUCCGGCCUUCACCGGCUUUUCCGCCCCGGAAGCCCAACCAUCGUUGGGCGCCGCCUCCCUUCUUCCCGGAACACCAGCAGUACUGGUAGCACCGGCGAUCGCACGCACGUCCUCACAGCAACCCAUCAUCGCCGCUCCUAUUGACGGCUACUCCGGCUCGAAUACUGCCACAUCGCCUGCUGCUGCUGUUCCAGCUACUCCCGCAACGCCGUCUGCCUCCGCCACAACCCCCCGAGGAGCGAAGCGAAAGGCGUCCGUCUCCGUGUCGGCGGCCAGUCCCGAUGCGUACGAGGGAAUGGACGAUGCGUCCCGACUCGCGGCUGAUGAAGACAAGCGUCGACGAAACACCGCGGCGUCCGCCCGCUUCCGUGUCAAGAAGAAGCAGAAGGAGCAGCAGUUGGAGAAAACGGCCAAGGAGAUGACGGAGCGUGUGCAAGCGCUCGAGCAGAGGAUCCAGCAGCUGGAGUUGGAGAAUAAGUGGCUCAAAGGCCUCAUCGUCGAGAAGAACGGCGGCAAGAGCGGCGAGGAAAUCAUGAUGCCCCCGUCGAUACUCGCGGGAAGCAAGGACGGUGUCGGCACGAUCUAGUUAGCCCCCACCCAUGAAAAAAAUCAAAACGAUUUGCUGUUUCUGUUUUGCUCCACUUAACCUGACUUUGAGGUGUUGAAAUGUUUUGU